GAAAACAGGUGGGGCAGGUUUCUAUUGUUACACACAGGUGAUGUGAAGAGGGCAGGACUCAGGUGAGGAAGAACAGGAAAAACUGAUGGAAGGAACUCGGUGGGAGGAACCGUGAACGAAUGUUUAUGCGUGUAAGAGAGCAAUAAGUAAGUGCCUGGGACUGCAGACUGCUAUAAAAAGACAUAUCUUUUAACUAAUACUAUCAAGAAGAUUUUUUUCAUUUUUAUUUAUUCAUAUUUUUUGGUGGAAGGGGGGAUUACUGGAGCCCGUUUUACAGGGACUUAAAGGAUGGGAUGGAUUUUCAUGUCAUUUGUUGCCGUGGGCAGUAAAGUGGGUCAACACCUGAGAAGGAGCUAAAAGGAGAAGCUGAACUGAGACCGUUUUGUCCCGCUGAAAGAGCACAAGAGAGGAAGGACAUGCUAAACUUUCUGGGGAUACUAAAGAGGAAGAAUGCAUAACUGGACAGGAAAAUAUACAUAGAAGCAGUUGAUUUCUGAUGCAUCUACUAUAUUAACCACAAACUAAUUCGGUGAUAAAUAUUCUCCUUAGCUGUUGCUGCUUGGAAUAUUUUAUUUUAUUUUUUUUUUAGUAUCAUUUUGGGCUUGUUUUUAUGCCUCGAUUCAACCCUAAAGAUAACUAAUCACCUUUCAGCUACAAAAGGUCAAACAUUCCAAGAGAUCUACAGUUCAGCUAAAGGAGGGAUCAUUUCCUCUACUCACACUGAAAACGACACACACACACACACACACUCCACUGUACUUCCACCAUGCAGGCACCACCACCUGAACACGAUGACACUUUUGAUUUCCUGUUCAAGAUCAUCCUCAUUGGGGACACCAAUGUGGGGAAGACCUGCGUGCUCCAGAACUUUAAGUCAGGGGUUUUCUCUGACAAACAGCAGAACACCAUCGGAGUGGAUUUCACAGUGAGGACGGUGGAUAUUGAAGGAAAGAAAGUAAAGAUGCAGGUGUGGGACACAGCAGGUCAGGAGAGGUUUCGGACCAUCACUCAGAGUUACUAUCGCAGCGCUCACGGCGCCAUGAUUGCCUAUGACAUCACACGAGGCUGCACCUUUGAUUCGGUGGACCAUUGGAUCAAGGAGGUAGAGCUGUACGGAGCUGCCAAUGUCCUCUUGGUGCUAAUAGGUAACAAAUGUGACCUGGAGGAGGAACGGGAGGUUCCGUUUGAGAAAGCUUGCAAUCUGGCAAAAGAAAGAGGCAUACUCGCUGCUUUGGAAACAUCUGCUAAGGAAAGUCAGAAUGUGGAGGAAGCCUUCUUGAUGAUGGCCAAGGAGCUGCUGUCUCGUAACGGCCUCAACGUCCAGCAGGAUGAGAACAACGGCAUGCCUCGGAUCCUCCUCAGAGAGAACUCUCGACCAAUCGAUGUCAGCAUAGGGGCCUACGUUCCUCCAGAGAAAGAGAAGAAGUCGUGUUGCUGACGCAGAGAAACUGUGACUGAAGAUGCUUGAAGGGUUUUAUUUAUCAGAAAUGUAGAUGAGUGAAAGAAAGCAGAGGAAUUCCUGGUUGAAGAUCUGUGAGGUCGAGGCAUGAUGUACUUAGCAUCUGCCAGAAGGCAGAUGUCAAAGAUAUGGUGAAGAAAUGUUCGUUGUAUCUGAUCGGAGAGGAUUGCUGAUGAAGCGUCUUUACUGGAAAGAUCUGCGAUCAGUGUUCAGGAAGCGCUACAGCCAAACGACCUAAUUUCAUAUCAACUGGUCCAUGUUGCUAAUAUUUUUCUAAAUUAAAAACAGUUUAAAGCAAAUACAUUUACACCAUUGGAAGUCUAACAGUGUGCUAAGUGCUUGGGGUUGUUUUAUGGUGCGAUUUUGUUAAAAUGAAGCUGAAAUGUUUUUGGAAGAAUAUAUAUAUAUAUUUUGGUCUCUCGCUACACUGUGGAUUAAAGUUUCCAAAACAGCUUGCCAUACGCAAAACUACUGUGAAAUAAGUCUGAAUUGAUUUCACGACACAGCUGCAAAAAGCUGUGAAAAUAAAAAUGCCAUAUUUGAUCAUGAGCAGCUUUCAGCGAACUUUUUCAGCCUGUCAGGAAAUUCUGACCUCUGAGGAAAAAAUAUCUGACGUUUCUAACCCAUUGAACACUGAAGGGACACUGUCUGAACACUAGAUGGUGCUGUGCUGCACCGCAUGAUCUGUGGCAACCCGUUAGGGUUGGCUUUGUCUUGUAUAUAAAAAAGGGAAACGUGAUUUGAAAGAGGAAACAAAAACAUGUCCUAACACAAACAGUUUGCCUCAAAGCCAUUUUCUGGAAAAGACAUAGUGUAUGAUUACAAUAAGAUAAAAAAAAGACUAGAAAAAAAAAACUAGAAAAAGAGGUUAUUACUUUUCUGAGACAGUCUCUGGUAAAUUUAGCCUCACUAAGAUAUUCAUACAUCUAUAAAUAUUUGCUAGAUUUGGUCAUGUUUUAUUAAUAAAAUUCAAUCUUUCUCUUGGGAGUGGGGUUGUAUCAUAGACCAACUUGAUUUGUAAAUAAAAAAACUGAUUUUAUUUAUUUUUUUAUUUCCCUUUGCACAACUUUGUGUUGGCCUAUCAUAAAACAUGUAAAACCAUUGGGGGAAAUUUUAUACUUUUGGCGACUGUUGCUAAUAUUCACCAGUAUGUGUUGGGGGGAAAAAAAUCUUCUCCCUUUCCAGCAAGCAAUUAAUGAACCGUAUCAGGCUUGGCUCCGAAAUCAUUUUUGUGCUUUUGAUUAAUACACCAGUUAAAAGUGAAAAAUGGAUUUUAAAUGUAUGCUUGAGGCAGAACUGCAGUAAGUACCGGGAUUCAGAGUCCAAACAACACAAAAACCUUGUUUGUAAUAGACCUAAUGUUUCCGUAAUAAUUCUCGUGCAGUAUCACAUCACUAUAAUAAAUGUUAUACUGGUCACUCUGA